AUGGGUGCUGGUUGCUGCUGUAAGAGUGACCCUGUGCAAUCUACAUGUAAUCCUGAUGUAGACAGAACCCAAAUUCCCUCUGUAACACUUGAACGUGAGACUAUAUUAACCAGAAUGAAAAUUUCACCUGAAAUACUUGACUUUGAGAAUGUAUCGACUGAAACCGAUAUUCUACCUAUAAAACCUCCAUCCGAGACUAUAUCGUUUAAAAUUCGAACUUCGCCUAAAAUGCGAGACGACUUGGCAAUGGAACGAUUUUCACAACUUAGCAUUAGUACAAGCGAUCCUUUGAGACUGAUAUAUGGUUAUCUCAAUGAACCACUUGUAUCUCUCGAAGAAGCUCUUCAACCAUUCCAUGAUCAAAUUGAUCAAUUAUCUCACUUUAUCAAAGAAGCUAAAACAGAAUGUUACUAUCCAUCAGAACAUAAUUUGACACGUGAUGAAUCAGUUGCUAUCUAUAUUUAUACAAUGAAAUGGGCUAACAACUGUCUCUAUGAUCAUUUACAAGAAGCAUGGAAAACUGAAGAUCGAGCUACGAUGAAACGAUGGUUCAAAUAUUUGAGAUUAUUUCAAAGUGCAUUCGACAAAUUGCCGGAUUAG